GCCGUGCUUCAGUCGACACGUACGCCGGGAGCGCUACGAUCACAAUUCAGAACUGGGUCGAAUUACGUUCAAACAGAAGGAUAGUAUAAGAAUCAUUUCACACGGAAGGCGAUCCCGUAACAUGCGAGAGAUCAUUCGGCCGUAGUUUCUUUUUUCUUUCUUUUUUCUUAACAUCGAAAUAAAAAGGAAAAGUUGUUGGAAUCGCGAGAAUUGAGAAAAAGAAGUAAGAUGAUAAGACCUUCCUGUUGAGAAGUACAAAUGUGACAUACAGGCCGCCAUUGCUGAGUCUGUAAGGCGGAAUCGCUGGUUCGUGUUACCGAAGCAAACAUUCUUCCUGACGUUUCCAUGGAUGUAAUAUUUUUAGGUAUCUUGGCCGGGAUUCUGGUUUUGGUCGUUCUUUUCACUCUUCUCCUCAUAUAUUUGCUCCACGUAGUGCACAAUGCGCAAGCGCUCCAGCAGAACGAACACAGAUUUUCCUAUCUAAAUAAACUGAUCAUGAGCAACGUUCAGAGGAGGAGUGGAGCUUCCACUUCAGCUCGUCAUAUCAGCCAGAUUUUCCAUCACCUCAUCCGUUCUCCGAACGACAGUGCCAACCGGGGACCCGAUCUGAGCAACGGCAACGGCGAUAUUCCCUCGCUGGAGUUCCGUCCCUCUCCGCCACAGCCGGGGAAGAACGACCGCCCACACCCAACCCAAGUCUCGUUCCCUCCGGUCCUGACGCCGAAGGUAGUCUUAUCCAGUCGGGACCAGAGGGAUCGUUUCAAACACGAGGAUCCCUACGACUACCCACCAUCGCCACGACCCAUCGCGUCUGCAGUUGCAGCUUCCGGGAAAGACGUAUCUCAGACAGUGCACGAGACCGACACGGCGAGCUUCGCAGACCCAGCCGAAAGCGUCGCAGAAAACCAAGAGAUUUUUGACGACCCCGAAAACUCGUCCGGCGGAGAGAGCUCGCAUGGCCAGUCUCCCGAACUGAGCAGCGAAAGAGCAGAGAAAGGCUGUCCACUCACAAAGGAAGGAUGUGAAACACGGGAUCGACCUCCAGGCUGCACGACCAUGAAGGGGCAGCAGUCCUUCGCCCCUCCUAUAUUCACAUCAGCCAUCAAGGAAAUGAAGAUGCUAACACUCUUCAAGCAGAGGAAGCAGUGGGAGGACCCGGCGGAGCCCAAAGAUACAACAGGAACAAGUGAUUUAUCGUUGGAGGAAGAACAAGAGCCAGAACAAGAAAAAGCUUCACCCAACUCUGUCAUCAGGAAAGCCCAGGAGAGCCCAGCCUGUCCGCAAGACAUCGCAAACGAGGAAAAAAAAUCCUUGCCGGCCAAGAAAGUUAUGGGGAAAGACUCACCGAGUGACGAAGAACACACGAACUACACUGACUCAAAGGAGACGAAGGAGGAAGAAGAUGAGACAGGGAAAAGAGGAAACUGAGCUGGCCGAAUAACACUAUGAAAGGUAUGGCGAUUCACCAUGAAUUUACUGAGUCACACACCACGCGAUGUUGCAGAAAAAAAUGGUUACUUCCAUGUCCUCCUCAGACAAUGGCAGGCACGUGUGGGUCAGCAGAAAUCCCGCCGGAUGCUGAAAAAAGCCCUUUGAUGGGUCGGUUCGCUACUAAAGGGUCAGAGAUACAGAGACCUUGCAACAUGUUAUCAGAAUAUAUAUUUUAAUACAUUGAUUCUUUUUGCAUAAAAAGAUAACAUAAUUCGAAAAUUAUUAAUGCUCUCA